GUUUUGCCACCCGAGACUGUUUGAGGUUAGACUGCGUCUCCGUUGGAAAUUGUAGUGUCAUUCAGUGUUACAAGCAGCAGAAUUUUUAAACUUUAACUUAAAAAAUACGAUAAUGGCUCUUUUGACAGAUAACGGAAAAGGGUGUUUACCUGAUUACGAGGUACAGGGAGCAAAAAAAGUGAGCUUUAGUCCAUAUUCUGACAAUGGAGGGAGUGUAGUGGCUCUCGCAGGAGAUGACUUCUGUGUUAUAGGUGCAGACACGCGUCUCAGUACGGGAUUCUCUAUUUACACUCGAGAACAGGAUAAGUUAUUUUCUUUGUCGAAUACUACCAUUUUAGGCUGCUCUGGCUGCUGGUGCGAUACUUUGACGUUAACUCGUCUCUUGUCUGCUCGCAUGCAGAUGUACCAACAUGAACAUCAAAAGGAGAUGACAACUCCAGCAGCAGCACAGAUGCUUUCAAUAAUGCUAUAUCAUAAAAGAUUCUUUCCUUAUUAUGUCAGCAAUAUACUUGCUGGAUUAGAUGAGAAUGGGAAAGGCUGUAUAUACAGUUAUGAUCCGAUUGGACAUUGUGAAAAAACUACAUAUAGAGCAGGUGGUUCAGCAGGUGCGCUUUUGCAACCACUUCUCGAUAAUCAGAUUGGAUACAAAAAUCAAGAAGGCAUUGUUCCUACACCCUUGACUCAAGAAAAAGCUGUGGCAAUCUUGAAAGAUGUAUUUACUUCUGCAGCUGAGAGAGAUAUAUAUACAGGUGAUGGAAUAACUAUUAAAAUUAUCACGAAAGAUGGAAUAAAAGACUCCAGUUUCGCAUUAAGAAAGGAUUAAUAUGGAAAUAAGGAAGAGCAUUUAUACACUCUCUGGUAUUUGCGCAAAUAAAGUUAUUUGAAUACUUGAAUAUUUCGUUAUUAAAAUUUUUCUCUCAAAUACUUUUUGAAGAGAAUAGUACACAAUGGGAUAAGAAAAUUUGAGAUGUAUAAAUGAAAGUAUAAGAUACAAAUAUAAUGAUACAAAUAUUACUUAAA